AGUCAGUGCGAAUUGUGAGAAAUGUUUUGCAAAAUUAAUCAAAUCGCUAAAACUUGUGUGUUUAUUGGUUAUUCUCUAUAGUGAGCCUCUUUUUGAUAAGUUACAAUGAGUAAAACAAAUCCUUUAGUCGGUUUGAUUGGGUACGGAGACUCGGAUGAAAGUGAUGAUGAUUCUCCAAAACCUCUGGAGAAGCCAUCAAGGGUUCAGCCACUUCAUCCUCCAGUGCCAAGCGCAGUGGUACAUGAACCCAACCCAGGGGUGCAUCCUGCACCUAUACCUCAAUGUGCCUGGUCAGCCUGUUACGAUGAGAGCAGUGGUUUCACCUACUACUGGAACCAGCACACUAACGCGGUCACCUGGGAUGCUCCACAGGAGUAUUUAAUGGCCUUGAAGUUGGCACAGCAUCAGUUGCAGGCUUCAGGUUCAGCAGAAGUGUCGGCUGAAGAGUGGCAGUUGUACCAGCAGACCCUGGCCGAGAAGCAGACGCAGGCCAAACCCAAGCUAACGGACCAAGCCAAGCCAAAGACAGCCAAGAAUGGUGCCAAACGCAAAACGGACAGCGAUGAUGAGAAUGUAAAAAUAGAACUAAUAACUUCCUACCACAACUCUGAUUCCGAGUCCAACGAUGAAGACACUCCGGCCAAGCCUCCCAAGCCUGCAGCGAAGCCAGCCAAGCCCGCAGUCCCGAAGAACCCUCACAAGAAGCAGAAGACCAAGCCGGUGGAGUACGGACCCGCCUUGCCGUCCAACCAGAACUAUACUGUGCCUAUUGGCCCCGAGCUGCCACCGGGGAUGGUGGUUGAGCCAGUUGAAGAUAAGACACAAGUGAAGACACCGCCUUUAGUAGAUAACGAUGAUAGCUUGGAAGAAAAAACUUUAUUCAUGAAAUUAAAGGAAAAAGCCAAACUACUAGAAAAGCUUGGCGGACAAAUACCUACUGAACUACAGAAAAUGAUCAAAGAAGAUACUAAAGUAGCUUCCCCUAAGGUUGUAGAUGAAAGUAGCAGAGACAGCAAAAUUGACAAUAUUGAUGAUUUGUUAGAUGAGAUUGAAAAGAAAGAAUUACCUAAAAUUAAGUCUAAGAAAACUGAUGUUUUCGGUGAAGAAUCAAAUAGUGGUAAAAAUACACCUAUAGGUACUCCCCCGAGAGAAGUAAAACCACUCUUCCCAAGUAGCAAAGCCAUUGAAGAAACACCACCGUUGCCACCAGUUCCUCCCCCGGUAGUCGAAAAUGGUUCAGAAAAAGAUUUCCCAGAAAAGAAAGUCAACGUUUACUUAGCAGAUACUGUAGUAAAAGAGAACCGUAAGAAACUAAGGAUUGAUAAUUCACUGCUUCCGGAGAGAAAGAAGUCUGAAGUCCCGAGUUACACGACUAAAUAUUCACAGUUCAUAGAAGGUUUCUCGAGUGAGCGAACCGGGUUAGGUUUCAAAGAGGAUGAUAAUGAGAGUCCGAAGGUUGCAACGGUGAGUUAUGGGAACGGUCUAUCUUUUACUAAAGGGGAAGUCUUGAAUGAGGAUAAGCGGGAUGAAGAUUUGGACGAUAUGAGUGAUCUGGUGGAAGCCAAGUUGAAGUUUUUGAACGAGGUGCAACCGUGCCAGGUGCCUCCGGUGCAGGAGAUGCUGAUACAGUGGCAGACGCUGGUGUCGGCGUUCCGCAGCGGCGCGCUGUCGGCGGGGUACUGGCGGCGCUGGGUGGCGGCGGGCGCGGCGGCGCUGCGCGGGCUGGAGGCGCGCGCCGCGCCCGCGGGCUGGAGCGCCGCCUUCCUGAGGUCGGAGGGCCGCUACCGGUACCGGCGCGAGGCCGACGGCUUCACGCAGUGGGAGUACCCGGCCGCCGAGACCACGGACAUGGAGAUAUGCACCACGCCGCCGCCUCCUGAUGAGCCUAAGGAGGCGGUGCAACCCCCACUCCCCCCGGUGCCUCCCCCCGCGGCGCCGCUGCCCCCCGCGCGGCCCGCCACGCCGCCGCCGCCCGCGUGGCGCGACCCGCCGCCGCCCGGCACCGACGAGCCGCCGCCGCUGCCGCCGGAACCAAAGAAAGAGAUAGGUGACGAGCUCCUCUCGUUCUACAGCGACAUCGCGGAACUAGAAAAAUCUACUCCACCCACCACGGGCCCCGCUUCGCCCGAACAUCCCCCCUUGCCGAAGGAACCAGAAUCUAAGGAAACCAAGACUUCUAAGAAGAAAUCUAAGGUGAAGAUAUCGUCCUCAAUCGGGCUGAAACACAAGACGGUGUCCAGCAUGGUCGCCAAAUGGCAGCAGGUGGCCGACGAAAUACACUCCGACUAGGCUCCAUAGUAUGGAGACCAUACACCCCAUACGUUUCGUUCAACCACAGGUGUUUCAACUGUACCCAUACUUGUUAGGUAAUUGAAGCAGGUGUGUAGGUUCUUACUUAACAACUUUUAUUGGUUUUUAAAGUCACACGGGUCGAUCGAGAUAGAAUAAAGUAGUAAUCGUUUCAAAAAAUAACGUUAUUUCACCUUUUUUCCGACGUUUAGGCUAGUUUUCACGUGGCCAUCACGGAAGACUGUUGUCCCAGCAAAGUGUCGACGGAGAUGUAAACACCACCAUGACCAAACUGUGACAAAUAAAAUUGAUCUUCCCAUCCUUGUUUAACACAUCCACUACCAGAUAAAAAAUGGCGCACUACGUCAGAAACCGGUCGUAAUUUUAACUGCCCGCUUGUAUGGUGAGAACCCACCCAGCGGAUUCUCCGGCACCUGAGGAAAGUUUACCAGGCGGGUUCUUGAUUGCGCAAGUGUUAAUGUUUAUUCUCCACCGCACGACGUCUGACACCGGCUGGCCGAAACGUCGGAAAAAAGGUAAAAUAAUGUUUUUUUCUCAAACAUGCAAUGAUAUAUUGUCUUUACGUUCCUUAAAAUGGGCUGGGAAGUAUCGCUUUUUGGGCGCAACAACUCUAGAGGACUGUAAAGGUAU